GAGAGAGAGAGAGAGAGAGAGAGGGGAAAAAGUUUUGAAGGGAGGCAGGAGUGUGCUGGAAAGCCCUGCAGUCCCGGUUAUAUGUUGUUUUAAAGUUUUUGUUUCCAGUAUUUUUUUUUUGUUUUGUUUUGUAAUAUAUUCAUUUUAAUAUAUAGAUAUUAUAGUAUAAUUUUAAACAAAAUAAUGGAGCUGCUUUGUUGCGAAGUAGACACCGUCAGGAGAGCCGGUCCAGACCCAAACCUUCUGUAUGAUGAUCGGGUUUUGCUAAAUUUGUUAACCAUAGAAGAACGAUUUCUACCACAGUGUUCUUAUUUCAAAUGCAUCCAGAAGGACAUUCAGCCUUUUAUGAGGAGGAUGGUUGCGACUUGGAUGCUGGAGGUCUGUGAGGAGCAGAAGUGUGAAGAAGAAGUUUUUCCCUUGGCUAUGAACUACCUGGACAGAUUUUUAGCCGUGGUCCCCACCAGAAAAUGUAAUCUGCAGUUGCUGGGGGCAGUUUGCAUGUUCCUGGCAUCCAAAUUGAAAGAGACAUGUCCCUUAACUGCAGAGAAACUCUGCAUCUAUACUGACAACUCCAUCAAACCUCAAGAGCUGCUGGAGUGGGAACUGGUGGUCUUAGGAAAAUUGAAGUGGAACCUCGCGGCGGUGACUCCACACGAUUUCAUUGAACACAUUGUGAAAAAGCUGCCCCUACCCAGCGAUAAGCUGCCUUUGAUCCGCAAGCACGCGCAGACAUUUAUUGCCCUUUGUGCCACAGACUUCAACUUCGCCAUGUACCCCCCUUCGAUGAUAGCAACUGGAAGUGUUGGGGCUGCUAUCUGCGGGCUUCAGCUGGACGAUGGAGAACGGACACUUUGGGGGGACAACCUGACUGAUCUGCUGGCCAAGAUCACCAACACAGAAGUGGAUUGCCUGAAGGCUUGCCAGGAGCAGAUUGAGACAGUGCUGGUGAGCAACCUGAGGCAGGUCCGUCAGCAGCAGCAGCAGCAGAGGGGAGACAACAAGGCAGUGGAGGAACUAGACCAGGCCAGCACCCCAACAGACGUCCGAGACAUCAACCUGUGAGAAGGAGGAGGAGGAGGGCAGCAAAGCAAGCAAACCAUACGAGAACAUGCACCCACUGUUCUUUUCCCUAUAUAUACAGUAGAACACGGCUAAAGCUAUUUUAGAUACAAAAAAAGAAGAAAAACUGAAUUAAAAAAAAAAAAAACGCUCUUUGGUGCAUCGUACAUUCUUCAGAAGGGAAACCCACCAUAACUGUUUUGCAUACUUGCUGUUUUCGUUUGUAUAUCUAUUAUAAAAUUAUACUGCAAAAUAAAUUCUUUAAAAAAAAAAAAAAAAAAAAAAAGGUAAAGCGUACAGAAGCAAAAAUAAUAAUAAUUAGCAGAAGAAAUAUGUGGGAUCAAAUUAUUAGCUUCUGUGUGUGUGUGUGUGUGUGUGUGUGUGUGUGUGU